AUGCCCCUCUUUCCCCGGCCUCUUGUCCUUCCCAAGCGGCAGUUUCGCUUUCUGUCUGUAUCGAUUACUGUUACAUCUCGAUCCAUGUCGUCUCGACAACAGCCGCCAUGGCGGCAACCUGCCUCGCACCCCGAAGCGCAGCAACUCCCAGCUUUGAAAGUCUGGAACUCCUUGACAAAGUCCAAGACUCCCUUUGUUCCGAUUGAUCCUGCUGGCAAGAAGGUCUCCUGGUACGCGUGUGGACCUACCGUUUAUGACGACUCGCAUUUGGGACACGCCCGCAACUAUGUGACCACCGAUAUCAUCCGGCGCAUCAUGCGCGACUACUUCAAGUUCGACGUGCACUUUGUUAUGAACAUUACAGACGUGGACGACAAGAUCAUUCUACGCGCGAGACAACAACACCUCUUCAGCGAAUUCGUUGCAACCAACCCAACUGUUACACCAGAAGUCCUGGAUACCACAAAGAAGGCUUACGUCGCCUACGUGACAAAGAACCUCCCCUUGCUGGCCCCCAGCCUCGCACCCGCAGAAUACCAAAGUGAAGUGGAGAAGAUCUAUAAGACGGUGCUGAGCGGCGGAACUCUCGCCGGCAAUGAGAAAGCGGGUGAUGAUGAAGCCAAGGUUAAAAUGCACAUCAAGACCGUGGCGUCGGCUGCAAAGGUUCUUGCCCAAGCGGAGGCUAGCACCGCUGCUGAUCCCACGUCAUUUGCCGAGUCUUUCUACUCCAGUGCCCAGGACGUCCUUCUCCCCUACCUGGAUGCCUUGAAGGGCGCAUCAAUCGAUGCCAAUGACCAUGGAAUCUUCACAAAGCUCACGCGCAAAUACGAGGACCGGUUUAUGAAUGACAUGCGGGACCUUAAUGUUCUCGAUCCCGACGAGUUGACGCGUGUGACUGAAUAUGGCCCCGAGAUCGCAAACUUUGUCGAGCGUAUUGUGCAGAAUAACUUUGGCUAUGUUACCAAAGAUGGAUCGGUUUAUUUCGAUAUCGACGCUUUUGAGGGUGCAGGACAUGCCUAUGCCCGUCUUGAGCCAUGGAGUCGGUCGGAUAACAAGCUAGCUGCCGAGGGAGAGGGAGCUCUCACUAGCAAGACCACCGAGAAGCGUGGUGCUUCCGACUUUGCUCUAUGGAAGUCUUCCAAGCCUGGUGAGCCAAGCUGGGACAGCUCUUGGGGCAAGGGUCGGCCUGGCUGGCACAUCGAGUGCUCGGCCAUGGCAUCCGCCCGACUUGGCCAGCAGAUGGAUAUCCACUCUGGUGGUAUUGAUCUUGCUUUCCCCCACCACGAUAACGAGCUGGCUCAGAGUGAGGCAUACUUCCACAACCAUGAACAGUGGGUCAACUACUUCCUGCACAUGGGUCACCUGUCCAUCCAGGGCUCUAAGAUGUCCAAGUCCUUGAAGAACUUUACUACUAUCCGGGAAGCACUAGAGCGGGAGACUUGGACUUCAAGAAGCUUGCGAAUUGUGUUCCUACUUGGUGGCUGGAAGGAAGGUGUUGAGAUUACCGAUGACCUUGUCGGUUCGUGCAGCUCUUGGGAGGACAAGGUGAACAACUUCUUCAUCAAGGUGAAGGACCCUGCUGCUCUUCAGGGCUCUGCCUCUGAUAGCACAUUUGGUGCUGACUUGGAAGCAGCCAAGACUGCUGUAGACGGUUUCCUCUGCGAUUCUUUCAACACAAUUGGAGCUAUGAACACAGUUUCUGAGCUCAUCACCAAAUACAACGCUGCUGACAAGGCCACCAUCAACCCGGAUGAUGUGAAGGCUGCGGCCCAGUUUAUCACUCGAUUGGUUAACAUCUUUGGCCUCAAUGGGUCCGCUUCCGCUGACAGCACUGAGAUUGGAUGGUCGGGCAUUGACGUCCCCGAGGAGGCUAAGCCUUUCAUCUUCCCUCUUUCUACCAUGCGUGAUACUCUCCGCCAGGCGGCCCGCUCACAGGAUGGAAUCACUGCCGAGGUGAUUGAACAGGCUACCAAGGAGUCGGCAUCCGAAAAGGUUUCUGACUCCUCAAAGCCUUACGCCGAAGUGCUCUCUAAUUUCCGUGCCACUGCCUCUGCUCUGCAGUCCUCCGAAAACGCUGGGAAAGACAUCUUGGCUCUCUGUGAUCGUGUCCGAGACAUCGACCUCUUCGAUCUCGGCCUGUACCUCGAGGAUCGCGAUAACCUCCCGGCCCUCAUCCGCCCCGUCACCCGGGAAAUGAUCCAGGCCCGCGAGGAGAAGGCUGCACGCGCUCUCCAAAAGAUCCAAGCCCAGAAGGCUAAGGAAGAGGAGGCUCGCAAGAAGUUGGAGAAGGGCAAACUCAGCCACCUAGAGAUGUUCCGUACCAACGAGUAUAGUGCCUGGGAUGACGAGGGUAUCCCCACUCGUGACACCGCUGGAGAAGAGAUCACCAAGAGUCGGGCGAAGAAGCUUCGCAAGGACUGGGAGCGACAAAAGAAGGCUCACGAGGCGUGGUUGGCUAGCCAAGCCAAAUAG